AUGUCGAGCAGUACUAGCGCUACCGCUGAGCUCCAAAUCCAGGACUUGUGCUCGCCGGCCGGGCCUCAGUGGCCUGCUCCUCCUCAGGCAAUAUUAACGCUCGAUGAUCCUUCAGCCGCAGAACCAGCACGUCGUCGGUUGGCUCCAAAGACUCGUUUAAGUAUAUUUUCUUUCCUUCCAAACCUUUUCUCCUGUUGCCGCUCUAGGCAUCACAAACCACAACCAGCGGAUUCAGAAGCUGAGGCAGACAGCUCAAACAAGUCCAUAGAACAACUACCGGCCCUCGAACAAACCAACGAUAAUACUACCAUAAUCACUUUGGACAUCUCAGGUAUCUCAGAUAUCCCUGGCAUUAAUAAGGACGAUUAUCGUUGGGCUGUUGUAUAUGAAAAUCAAAGAGGCCUCACCGUACUCUCGUCCCCGUAUUAUUCACCCCUAUCACUGCUUCCUAUCGAUCCUCCACAAUUCACUACCCCGUCCGAUUCUUUGAAACAAUCCCGACAACCCAAUAUCUCUCUUUCCAAUUAUCCCCUGCCCGAUGGCACUUGGCGCUGGGUUUCCAGAACAUGGAUGAUUGACAUGCGCACAGACUCAGGAGAAGUUCAAUACGACGGUUUUGAGUACAACUGGUUUUUCCGGGAGAAACACUGGCACGCAGAGAUUGGCAAACUAAGCACUGGUGCCUGGGUACGGAGAAGACGAUGGGUAAGAUUGAUGAUGCGUCCGGCACAGCAUGCAAUAGCGCACUCGGAGGGAAGUCUAAGUCCUUCCACUAGCAAGAGCAGGCUGUCUGACCAGCCUUUGGAUACAAGCUUUGUUUCUCUCGCUUACCCUCAAUCAGAGAUCACGCUUGACAAGCUCGCUCGCUCGGUCAACCUGGAAUGGGAAGGAAGUGAACAAGACUGGGUGCGCUGUCAUCGACUGAUGCGAAGGCUCGGUCGGGAUGGUCGCAAACUUGAACUCUGGCGCAUGUGGCUUUCGCCAUACCUCUCUGAUGUUUCCGAUAACCAUCCGGGGGACAAAGGGAAGCUUCCUGAAUCUAAAUUUUCUCUACCGAUGAGGUUGGAAAAUGAUGGCUCGGACAUCCAAACUCCACCUCUAGAAUACUUGGGAGCACUUCUCCAGAGCCACGGAGAUGCAGUACUCCGGUUGUUUGUCUUCCCAGAUUCAAGAGCCCAGUUCAUCGAUCUUGUCAAACGUGCCGGUCUGGCUCAUGAAUUAGUGCGAAGUCUUGGAGACGGGUUCUCUUCCACCGAGGUUGACUUCUGGAGCUACUCGAAGGGCUUAGGCAAAGUAUUCGAUAAGGAUGAUUAA